AUGGAUACAGAAUCUGCAUCCUCCUCAAUCCCUCAGAGGCCAUUUUGGAUACAAUCACUUAUAGCUUUUACUGGAAUGGUCCUUCUUGCUGGCUUUUUUAUAUUGCUACUUCUCAUCUUCCGUUUUCGCACAACCAUGCCAGAGUUUGGAAUCAACUCAGCUUCUAUCAACUCACUCAAAAUAAAAAGUUCAAGAAUCACUGCGCAAUGGAACAUUACCCUCUUUGUCACAAACCACGACGGUUAUCAUAGUAUUUCUUACGAUGACAUUUCUUUUAACAUUAAUUACAACAACCAGCAGUAUCAAAGUCUUGUCUCCACCAUUCCUUUGAAACCUUUUUCUCAAAGCAGCGGUUUCACAAAUAGUAUCAUAGUUCAACAGAACAUGGAUGUCAAGAACGAUGUGGCUACCGACAUUGGCAGUAGCUCCUCCUCUAAUGGAAUUGUGAACUUUGAGGUUGGGUUGUCUGCUACUAUCAUGUUUAAGGAUGUGUUCAAUUUUCAAAAAGUUCGUACUAUGAAGAUUGUUUGUGAGCCUCUUAGCUUUAAAUUGGAGGAAGAUCAUUUACAAAAAUCGUCUAAUUGGAUUUUAUUGUAUGGUGUAGCAUGCCAUUAG